CUCUAUCAAAUCCUCCCUUAUUGGAAAAUAAGGAUUUCAUCUAGUAAAAUACAUCAGAAAUAAUUUGGAGUUAUUUGAAAAUGAUUUAUAGUUGAAAUUUAAUGAACAUAAAUUCCAUGUCGUGAGUAGGUAUUUGAAAAAUUUAUCAGUUUUCUUUUUCUUCACUGAAUUUAGAAAACUUUUACUUUGCCCUCAGCCUUUGUUUUUUCCAUUGAAAAGCAAGAGAACUCAUUUCAGAAUUAUACUUGAGUAAAUGAAAGCGAUCAGGAAAAUUAAGGACUCAAAACAAAAGGCACAAAGAACAAAGAAAUGAUAAUCUUAUGUUAAGUUUCUGGGCUUUUUCAAGUUUCUGUUUCAGACGAAGCUGUAAGGCUUUAGCCGCCAGUUAAUUAACGCUUAGAGAUUCCAUACUGGUUUUGGUUUUUGAAGGUAAUGUUUUUUGUUCUAUGUUGAGUCUCUACAAUCUCCACUGAUUCAUUCUUCUGUAUAGAAGCAUUUAUUUCAUGAAGCUUCCAUCAUUUGAAAACCUAUUCAAGUGAGCUGCAGCUUCAGAUAUCAGAUUCCAGUGUUCAUGUCUAUUAGCAUAUUUAUCAUUUUCAUCUUCUUCAAUAAUAUCUAUGAGUUUGGCCCUUUUUUCACUAAGAUAAUGAAAGAUUAUUUUUAGGGGAUAUCAAUACACGAUGACUCAGAUAAUCAUCCUUCAAAUACUCCCAGCCAUUACCCUUCAAAUAAAACACGCCACAAUGUCAGAAUAUUGCAUGUCACACUGAUACGAGCCUGCAAUAUUUAUUUUGAUUACCUGGUAAGAAAAUCAUAAACUAACCAUCUAAUCUGAACCAAUAAGACUGUAACUCUAACUUAAAAUUCCCUCACCUCUUCAUAUAUACUUUCUCCCAGCGUUUCUGGUUAGUAGCAACAUCCUAUCAAAACCAAUGUUCUUUCUAACAAUAUACCAUUCUAACAACUAACUAUCAGUCUCUCCACGUACAAUCUUGGCUUAAAAGUUCAUCUCUUUUGCUAUGCAAUCCCAAGAAUAUGUAUGUAGCGAUACUCACAAGACUUUCCAAACAUAAAUCAAACCUCGAAAUUAACCGUUAGAGCUUAGAUCUGUUCUCAAAUUCUCUGCAACUUGGAGUGAAUAACUGAAGAAACUAGUGUAUACCACCUGAAGUGGAGCUUCACGGAUCUGUUCAAUCACUUUCUUAAGCUCUAUAGCCAUCACAAGUCUUUGAUGAACAACAAGGGACAGAACUGGAGAUGUAACUGGGAGAACAGCUAUGAUGGUUGUAAGAUCACCUCCACUUGAAUCAUCCGGGCAAAGCCAUUUCGUUUUAUUUUUUAAUCUAACGAACUUUAACGACGUCGUUACGUAUAAAGACAAUCCUAUGGUUUUUAAAAAAAUCCUACCUAAAUCACCAUCUAAAUUACCAACAAAAUCCUCAAAUCCCUAUCAAAAUCUUCAAAUUCCACUAAAUUUAAAAAUCCUAGAAUUUUCUCAAAUCCCAAGUACAAUAAGCCCCCCUAAAUGUCUGAUCUUAAUUUUUUAUUUAUAAUACUUAAUUAGUUAAAUAAUAUAUUGCAGUAUGUUUAAAUAUCAAUUUCGAAUUAUUUAAUAAAAUUGAUAAUGUAUUCUCUUUAUAUGUAUGUCUUUGGUGAUAUUAUACUGUAUUUUUAUUGCUUUAAUUAUUAUUAUUAUUAAUUCUUUUAUUUAUUAGUUUAAUCUGAAAUUUUAAAACCAGAAAUUUCUAAAAUCUAAAUCAUCAUUCAAUUUUUUUAAAAAAGCUAAAAUGUACAGAAAAAUCAGAAACUAAAAAUUGAAAACCCCAAAAUCCAAAAACUAAAUCAAAAACCAAAAACAAAAAAAAAAAUCAAUAAAAAUCAGCUUAAAAUCAAUUUAAAUUUUGAGAAAUAAGAAAAAAGGAAAGAUACAAUUAAAAAGGAAACAGUGAACAACGUAUAACAGAAUCAGCUUCUUAUAAAUAAGAUAAAUAAGAAUGCAAAUCUGAAAAUCAAUUGAAACUUUGGGGAAUAACAAAAAAAAAAAAAGGAAAGAAGAAACUAAAAAGGAAAUUAAACAUGAUAAUUUAGUUCAAAAAAAUUAAACAUGAUAAUCAACAAAAACAAAAAGGAAUAGUGAACAACCUACUCAAGUAGCUUCAUAUAAAUAAGAACGCUAGAGACUCCUCUCUAAAGCUAUCAUUGAUUCGAUUACUUGUUUCUCAAACGAAAAGUGAAACUAGAGUCAAAAACCCUAAUUACAGAUUAUGACCAAGACGGCGAUGGUUAAGGAAGACAACAACAACAACAGCAAAGCUCCGGAUGUUGUUGGCCAAUCUUCUUCAGUACUAGAGUUUGUCUGUUUUCUUGGCCGAGGUGGUUUUGGUUCGGUCGCUCUCAUAAGAGACUCCAAACACCGUUUACACGCUGAGAAAUCAUCUCCAAUAGCUUACAUGGAGAGUCUCAAGAAAGAGCAUAGGAUCAUGCUUCGUUUCCGUAACCAUCCACGCAUCGUCCAAACCACAAACCCUAAUCUUCACAUAGAUAUCAACCUCGACCAUUGUUACAUCUACAUGGAGUUUGCCUCCAAAGGUACUCUCCACAACUUCAUCUCCAACUUCAGUGGCCAACCAAUGCCUGAGGAUAUGAUCAGACGUGCUGCUCUCAUGAUCCUUCAAGGACUCGAGGCUCUUCACUCUCGCGGCUACGUUCACUGCGACCUCAAGCCGGCUAACGUUCUCCUCUUCCCUUCCAAGAUUGUCGGAGAGCCGUGGGAUCUCAAGCUUGCUGACUUCGGUCUAUCUAAGGAGCCUUCUUGUACGAAUCCAAGGUCCUUGUCUGGCGGUACAAAGGAGUACAUGCCCCCUGAGUCUUUGGGACCCAACCGAGUGAAGAUGAUUGGACCGGGUGUUGACAUGUGGGCUCUAGGGUGUGUUGUGCUUCAGAUGUUUGGAGGCCAUCCAGUGAAGAUGGGAGAAUGUUUUUACAAGUGGAGGCUUCCGAGACUUGUAUCUCCGCUGGCCAACGACUUCUUGAGGCGUUGCAUGGCGUUGCACCCCUCACGCAGAGCCACCGCAGCUGAUCUGUUGAAACAUCCUUUUGUUUGCACCAAGGCUACAUCAUAUGAUUCAUUCAGUACUGUCCUCCUCCUGUCUUAAGACACAAAAAAGUUAGGUUUAUUCAGUUCAGUUCGUGUCUUAAUAACAGUAUAAUUCAUGGCUGGUACUUGACUUAAUAAUCUUUUCAUGUAUCUGUCUUUAAUAUCAGAGUAUAUUUUUCUAGAGUUUGAUUCUUUGCCUCAGUGAUUGCUAUUUAGAUGUUUUAAAAGAGACCUCUUUAAUAAGUAAGAAUCUAAUAUAUUGCACAGUUUAAACUAGUCAAACAGAAAAGCAUCAUAUCACAUAUUCAACAAGAUGUAUCUCUCAAAACAAGUUGAAGUUUGUUUGAUUUACGAUGAGCAAUCAAGCAAUCAUCUCUCUUAACAUAGUUUAGACACAACAACAAGAUAACACACAUAAUAAGAAGAAAAAGAAAGAAAGCAAAUAUGUUGGAGAGUUAAACAGCUGCUUCAGCUAUGGAAGGCAUCUUCCUUAGAACA